AGUGGAUGAGAGCCGGGAGAAGAACCUUCCAGAUGUCGAAAUGUGCGACAGAGGCAUUUCGAACAUGCUGGAUGUGCCCGGAUUAUGUCCAAAGAUCUAGAACUUCCUGCUUCUGGGGCCCACGAGUUCCCGUUGGGCAGCAAGUUCGUUGUCCAACGUCGGACCGGUUGCCAGCCGAGUUGAAAGGCAAAAAUAAAAAUGGGUUUUAAGACUGGUAUUAAAAAUGGACAGUGAGGGGGCUUCUCUGAUGUGCAGAGGGGAGGUCAUUCCAUCAUGUGGCACUAGUGACAGAAAAAAGGCCCGAUCCCCUCUGAGCUUCAGCCGAGACCUCGGUACCUGAAAAAGCAGCUGAUCAGCUGACCUGAGGCGCUGGCCAGAGGCAUGGGGACGGAGGAGCUCAGCGAGUCACUUUGUCCCACAUCACGCAGUUGGUCCUGAGUCACAACAAGCUCACAGUGGUGCCUGCUAACAUCUCUGAGCUGAAAAAUCUGGAGGUUCUUAACAUGUUCAACAACCAAAUUGAAGAGCUACCCACUCAAAUUAGCAGUCUUCAGAAGUUGAAACACCUUAAUCUUGGAAUGAACCGCCUUUACAACUUGCCCAGAGGCUUUGGUUCUUUGCCAGCACUUGAAGUUUUGGACCUCACCUACAAUAACCUGAGCCAAAAUUCCUUGCCUGGAAACUUCUUCUAUCUCACAACUCUUCGUGCUCUAUAUCUGAGUGAUAAUGACUUUGAAAUCCUGCCAGCUGACAUUGGGAAGAUGACCAAGCUGCAAAUAUUAAGCCUGCGGGACAACGAUCUGCUCUCACUGCCGAAGGAUAUUGGGGAGUUGGUACAACUCAAGGAACUUCACAUCCAGGGCAACAGACUAACUGUACUGCCUCCAGAACUUGGUAAUCUUGAUCUGACUGGUCCAAAGCAGGUCUUCAAAGCUGAGAACAAUCCCUGGGUCACUCCCAUUUCUGACCAGUUCCAACUUGGAGUCUCACAUGUUUUUGAAUAUGUACGCUCUGAGACCUACAAAUAUCUCUAUGGGAGACACAUGCAGGCCAACCCAGAACCGCCAAAGAAGAGCAACGACAAGAGUAAGAAGAUCAGCCGCAAACCACUGGCAGCCAAAAACAAAUAAAAACAAUAGUUGGGACACUUUGUACUGUAUUAGCUCGCUAGACUCACUGCAUGUGCCUUUCAGUAGCUUCAUUUCAAAACAAUUUAUAUCGCAAGGAAAUGUGUCUACUAUUUUAAAAAUAUAUAUUAACAUUUUUGAUACGACUGUGUUGGAGUCUAACAUGGAGUCAAAUGCAAAGUAAAAGUAAAAAAUCCCAAAUUUAUCACAAGCA